UUGAGAGUAAAGCCUACCAUGUUAUCUAAAAAAUGAAACUGAAGGAUUACUACACAACUACCUGUGAUUUUAUUUAUUGCUGAUGCCUUAAGAAGCCAUGAGUAAACACUUCAAAUUAUGUCAUAAGACUUCUUAUGACAACUUGUUCUGCCAUCUCAUUGAAAAAAUUAUUAAGAAACCCUCCUUGCAAUUUUUGGGUCAGUGGGGAUACCACUGUUACGAACCUAGGAUUUACAGAACACUGGCAAAAAUCCUGAGGUCGAUCGACUUGAAUGGCUUUGACUUGCUUCUUGCAGAUUAUAUUGCAUUUGUGGAAAAAUCAAGAUACUGUUUUGAACAAAGUUUUUAUCACGAAUUUACUGAAAUAUGUGUGAAUACGAUUUUGUACUGGGUUUUUGUCAGAAAAGGUAAUCCUGAUUUUGUGGAACUGAUUCUCAAGAAGACAAAUGACUAUCUUCCAGACAAAGAUUAUCACCUGGCUCUGAUAUGGAGGACUUUCACACCAGUGUACUGUCCGAGCCCUCUAAGUGGCAUUACACCUCUAUAUUACGUAGCUCAGACAAGACAAUCUAGUAUCUUUAAAGUACUCCUGCAGUACGGAAUCUUAGAAAAUGAAAAAUUCCCUCUUAACAUUGUCUCAACAAUAUUACUCUACCCUUCACGAGUGAGAAUAAUGGUUGAUCAUGAAUUGAUCCACAUUGAGGAAGAUGCCAAAACGUGCUUAGUGCUGUGUUCCCGAGUACUUUCUGCCAUUGCGGUCAAGGAAAUAAAGAUGCAGCUGAGUUUGGGAAGGCGUCCAAUUAUUACAGAUUGGUUGGAAUACAUUCCUCCAACAAGAUACAAAGAUCCAUGUGAACUACAACACCUUUGCAGAAUAACCAUUAGGACUCAACUAUUAACCAACAAAAUGCUUCCAGAUGGAAUAUUUUCACUGAAAAUUCCUGUUCGUCUGCAGAAAUACCUGAACUUAGAAAGUUAAUAUACAUUUUCAUCCUAAAUUCUUCAACGAUGCUCA